AAUGCGUCUGGAAGUCGUUUUCUUGUUCGUUUUUCUCGAUUUUUGCGCCGGAAAAGAACGCAUUUGGCGUUUUGUAAGUGAUAUAUCGAGUCCGGAGAAUUGGGAGGGUGGAAAAUUGGCGGUAGGGUGCAAAGGGGUGCAUUUUGCGGCGGUUAACACGGCUCCGGUGUAUGUACGCGAAUUGACCACCCCGGAAAUUGUCUUACCGGAGGAUGGGGAGGUGGACUUGUUCGAAGAGGGCGCGAUUGAAUUCAAGGAUAAUAAGAAGUGUAUAAAACUAAAACCCAUCAACUACCACGAAUGGUACGACUCUGAAAGCUGGACCAACCCCGAAAACAACAUCGCCAUACCCCACAAACAACGCAUUCCUUGCAUCCAAGACGACGUCAUUUUCCCCAACAUCAACCACUCCCGAGUUUUGGAGGACUUCGGAACAACAAUUCAGAUAAAUUCCCUCAAAUUCUCAAACGAAAUAAUCGACAGCAGUUCCCUCAAAAACUUCAUCGAAACCAAACCCGGCCACGACAUCUUCUACAACCCUUUAGGACCCUUCAACCUCCUCAUUGCCAACUCAAAAUGCGACGACCCUUAUGGCUGUUUGUGUCACAAACAAUUCGUCCCUUGCCCACUCAAAAAAACUCAAAAUAGCGUCCGGUGUCGGGAACCAAUCGAACCGGAAGAAUUCUGUGAAGCUAUCUGUGGCGCUUAUGUCACUUAUGAGCCCGGAAGUGGCCCGGAUUUGAAUCAAGUGAGGAAAAAAUUGAGGGAGUUUGAGGUGGAGACUUGGGCUAGUCGUGUCAAGGAUUAUUUAGGGAACGAAGUGGUGCAAAUUGUCUUCACUGAAAGGGAAUUCACGGGGAGGAGUCACCAAGAAGCUGAAACUUUCUUCAACUACUUGAAAAAUCACAACGCGGGGAAGUUGCAAAUCCUCAAAUCGGGAGAGUUUUACAUGGAGGCUGGGGGUUCCCCUACUGUUUCUAUAGUGAUAGGGAGCUUUUUAACAGUUGGGGUGUUUUUCGCGAUUUUGUUGUACCUCCAAAGUGACAAUAAUGCGGUCAUGGUCAUCAUAAACAGGUUUCACAAACGUGGUUCGAUUUUCACCGUUCCAUUUUUUGCCCGUUUUGACAACAUUGACGAAAAUUUGAUCAUCGAUGGCCAAUCAGAAACGGGCUCAAUCCUCGAUAUUGCCAAAUCUUUCGACAACCCCAUGUAUGGGCAAAGCCCUAGCACUAGCACCCAACACGAAAACCCACUAUACGAGGAGGCCAAAAACGACGAUGAGGCCCCUAGUACUAGUACUAGCAACCAGCACGAAAACCCACUAUAUGAAGUUGAAGAAUAAAACUUUCGACCAUUGUAAUAAA